CAGCCGUGGAGAUGCAGCGGGGCACGUGGGCUGGAGACACUUCCUAGAAACGCGCGCGGGCUCAACCCUGCCUGAACUUUCCUGUAAACAGCGCGCUGACAGGCGGCAUCCCCGCUGGGUGGAUCCCGCGCUCCGGGUCCAAGUGGCACUUCUUGCUUUUAAUUAGCGAGAGGAGAGGCGAGGAGGAACUGGCUGCUCGGCAAGUCAGUGCAGGAGGCUGACUUCUGGGAGGCUGGGCGAAGAGCAGGGGGAGGCUGCUGCUCCGCUCCGGCUGUUUUCUCAAUGAAUAGCUGGCGGGGAGACUGAAGCCAGCCACAGCCUCCUCUUAACGCCGGCGGCUGGGUGACGGCGACAGCUCCAGCCGGGACCUGGCUCUCAAGACGCGCUCCUUGAACAGCCCUCUUGCUCCGCGCUUCUAAACCACUAGUCCCGAGGAGGGAAAGGCUUUGCGGAUCCAAAUAUUGCCUGGCAAAUGGCACUGGGGAAUGGUGUUUUCUGAUGACAACCCCUUCUGUUUGUGACAAAGCCUGUCGCCCGCAGUUGGCCCUGGAAGGAAGUCCUAAGUAAAACUCAAUCCUGCCUUAAAGAGGGGCUGCAGGGGCUACGGGAGCGCCAGCACACACUAUGGCACCGGCCGGACACAUCCUCACAUUGCUGCUGUGGGGUCACCUGCUGGAACUCUGGACCCCAUGUCACACCGCGGACCCCGCCUACCCUAGGCUACGCCUGUCACAUAAAGAACUUUUGGACCUGAACAGAACAUCAAUAUUUGAAAGCCCAUUUAGAUUUCUUGAUCUCCAUACAAUGCUGCUGGAUGAGUAUCAAGAGCGGCUCUUUGUGGGCGGCAAGGACCUUGUCUAUUCCCUGAACCUGGAACGAAUCAGCAAUGGCUACAGAGAGAUAUAUUGGCCCAGUCCCACAGCAAAAGUUGAAGAAUGCAUAAUGAAAGGAAAAGACACAAGCGAGUGUGCCAAUUAUGUUCGGGUUUUGCAUCACUACAACAGGACACACCUUCUGACCUGUGCUACGGGUGCCUUUGAUCCACUCUGUGCCUUCAUCAGAGUUGGGUACCAUUCAGAGGAGCCCCUGUUUCACUUGGAGUCACACAGAUCUGAGAGGGGAAGGGGCAGAUGUCCUUUCGACCCCAGCUCCUCCUUCGUCUCUGCUCUAGUUGGAAACGAACUGUUUACUGGACUCUACAGUGACUACUGGACCAGAGACUCUGCGAUCUUCCGCAGUCUAGGGAAGCUUGGCCAUAUUCGCACGGAGCACGAUGACGAGAGGCUGCUGAAAGAACCAAAAUUUGUAGGUUCAUACAUGAUCCCUGAUAAUGAAGACAGAGAUGACAACAAAAUGUACUUCUUUUUUACCGAGAAGGCUUUGGAAGCAGAGAACAGUGCCCACACAAUCUACACCCGAGUGGGAAGGCUGUGCGUGAAUGACGUGGGGGGACAGAGAAUACUGGUGAAUAAGUGGAGUACGUUCCUUAAAGCAAGGCUGGUCUGCUCUGUACCAGGAGCGAACGGAAUCGACACAUAUUUUGAUGAGCUAGAGGAUGUGUUUCUACUGCCUACUAGAGAUCCCAAGAAUCCAGUGAUAUUUGGACUGUUUAACACUACCAGCAAUAUAUUUAGAGGCCAUGCUAUAUGCGUCUAUCACAUGUCAAGUAUCCGAGAAGCCUUUAAUGGUCCAUAUGCACAUAAGGAAGGCCCUGAAUAUCACUGGUCACUCUAUGAAGGAAAAGUACCUUACCCGAGGCCUGGUUCUUGUGCCAGCAAGGUGAAUGGAGGGAAGUAUGGAACCACCAAAGACUAUCCUGACGAUGCCAUUCGAUUUGCAAGAACCCAUCCACUAAUGUACCAGCCCAUAAAGCCUGCUCAUAAAAAACCAAUACUAGUGAAAACGGAUGGAAAAUACAACCUGAAGCAACUAGCAGUGGAUCGCGUGGAAGCCGAGGAUGGCCAGUAUGAUGUUUUAUUCAUUGGGACAGAUACAGGAAUUGUACUGAAAGUAAUCACAAUUUACAACCAAGAAACGGAGUGGAUGGAGGAAGUCAUUUUAGAGGAACUACAGAUAUUCAAGGACCCAGUUCCUAUCAUUUCUAUGGAAAUCUCUUCAAAGAGGCAACAGCUCUACAUCGGAUCGCCCUCUGCAGUGGCGCAGGUCAGAUUCCAUCACUGCGACAUGUACGGUAGUGCUUGUGCUGACUGCUGUCUGGCUCGAGACCCUUACUGUGCCUGGGAUGGCAUAUCCUGCUCCAGGUACUACCCAACAGGUGCACAUGCAAAGAGGCGAUUCCGCAGGCAGGAUGUUCGGCAUGGCAACGCUGCCCAGCAGUGCUUUGGACAACAGUUUGUUGGAGACGCUUUGGACAGGACUGAAGAGAGGUUGGCUUACGGCAUAGAGGCCAACAGUACUCUGUUGGAAUGCACCCCGCGAUCCUUACAGGCAAAAGUCAUCUGGUUUGUUCAGAAAGGACGUGAAGCAAGAAAAGAAGAGGUGAAGACAGAUGACAGAGUGGUGAAGAUGGACCUGGGUUUACUCUUCCUCAGAGUGCGCAAAUCAGAUGCUGGGACCUAUUUUUGCCAGACAGUAGAGCACAGCUUUGUCCACACUGUGCGUAAAAUCACGCUGGAGGUAGUAGAAGAGCAGAAAGUGCAGGGGAUGUUUCAUAAGGACCAGGAGGAGGAAAGACAUCACAAGAUGCCCUGCCCGCCCUUGAGCAGUGUGCCUCCGGGCACAAAAUCCUGGUACAAGGAGUUCUUGCAGCUGAUUGGCUACAGCAACUUCCAGAGAGUAGAAGAAUACUGCGAAAAGGUGUGGUGUACAGACAAGAAGAGGAAAAAGCUUAAAAUGUCUCCCUCCAAGUGGAAGUACGCCAACCCCCAGGAAAAGAGGCUCCGCUCCAAGCCCGAGCAUUUCCGCCUGCCGCGGCACACAUUGGACUCCUGAGGGCGCCCUCUGCUGGCUGCCGCGGGACCAAGCGUGGGAAUUUUUAAAGAAAAGAGAGGCAGCAUGCAAAAUCCUUCCAGUGUUUCACAGAGCUUUCUGUAGUGCAGAGAGGGGGAAGGUGUUUUAAGUUAUUCUGCAUUCUCAUCUUACUGUACAAACCGCUCACAGUACGAGUACUCAUACGCGUGUAUUGCUCAAAAGGCUUCACUUUGUAUUUAUCAACACAUGACCGUGGCUGCAAUUUUGAGUUUGAGCUGCUUUUCAGGGAGAUUAUUUCACCAUUGGAAUAUUUAAUAUAAUUAUAAUAAUAAAGGAAACGUUAUAGAUUUUCAUAAUCAUGAAAAAUGUAAAACUGAAACUACUUUAGUCUUUCUGGAGUUUUCCUUGCAACCAUAUAGUAAAAUGCACAGAAUAUCAGAUACUUCAGGAUUUUCUAGUGAACUUUCUGUUCUGCUUCUGAUUUUUUUUAAGCCAUGAGUUUUAAGUAGUUGUGUUGUGAUUGCUAUAAACCAACUGUAAAAGCAACAUGCUACGUGCCAUUCUGAGGCCUGUUCCUUCCAUGAGACAUUCAUUAAACUGUAUUAAAUAUUUCUAUUUUAUAAACAAGGCAAAUCGUUUAAAUUUCAUUGCAGUGUGGAAAGGAAGAAAUCCUCUCAGAAAGAUAUUUUCAAAUAGUGUGAACGAAUUUUAAUCAAAAGGUUCAGGUUGCCCUCUUGUGGUAGAAGAAUACAUAGUUGCUUAUAGAGCUUUUCCCACAAUUACCCAGCAAAGAUUUGAAAAAUUGUAUGAGCAGAUACACCUAGUUCAUUUUCAGAAAACACAAAAAGAAAAACUCUGAUGCUUACAUCAUGAUUUAACAUGAAAAUGUUAUGCUUGUAGAUAACUCAUGACUUCACAAUACAGUGAAGAUUUUAGCCUCAUUUGAUCGUUUAAAAUGUAAAAGGCAAGCUUGUUGUUAGCCCCUCCCCGAGACCUGAAAUUAUCUGGAAGUGUGCUUUUCUGUACAGAAGUCAUCAAAGUGUUUUCCUCUCGUUUUCUAUGACCAAAAAUUGUUUAUUGGGCUCAUCUGACUACUGAAAUAUUCAUUGUCUUUGUCUUAUAAAUACUACCAAGAUUUA